AUGAAGGAAUACUGGGGCUCUUUGGCCUCAAUACUUGGUGUGUUGGCUUUUUGUCAAAGUCUUCUUCAAGUAUUAUUCCCACCAGAACUCCGGUUUGCAACUCUGAAGCUCUUCAACCGGAUCUUUAACGUGUUCACUUCUUAUUGCUACUUUGAUAUCACAGAAAUUGAUGGAGUCAACACCAACGAGCUCUACAACGCAGUCCAGCUCUAUCUAAGCUCCUCUGUCUCCAUCUCCGGUAGCCGUUUGAGCCUUACUCGUGCUCUGAAUUCAAGUGCCAUAACUUUUGGCCUAACAAGCAAUGACACUCUCUUUGACACCUUCAAUGGUGUUACUGUCCUUUGGGAACAUAUUGUGACUCAAAGACAAGCGCAGACAUUUUCCUGGCGUCCAUUGCCUGACGAGAAGAGGGGUUUCACUCUACGUAUCAAGAAAAAGGACAAGUCUUUGAUUCUUGAUUCUUAUCUUGAUUACAUUAUGGAGAAAGCCAAUGAAAUAAGGAGGAAAAACGAGGACAGGCUUUUGGGGUCUUUGGAUUCAAGAGGGCAUCCUUGGGAGUCAGUGCCAUUCAAGCAUCCAAGUACUUUUGAAACUCUGGCUAUGGACCCUGUCAAGAAAUCUGAGAUCAUGGAAGAUUUGAAGGAUUUUGCAAAUGGUCAAUCUUUUUAUCUAAAGACAGGAAGAGCUUGGAAGAGAGGUUAUUUGCUUUAUGGACCUCCUGGUACUGGUAAAUCCAGCAUGAUUGCUGCUAUGGCUAACUAUCUUGGUUAUGAUAUCUAUGAUCUUGAAUUGACCGAGGUACAUAAUAACUCUGAACUUAGAAAACUUUUGAUGAAAACAAGCUCAAAAUCUAUAAUUGUUAUUGAGGAUAUUGAUUGUUCUAUUCAUUUGAGUAAUAGGAAGAAGGGUAGUACUAAUAAUAGUAGUUCUAUUGGGAGGAGUUACUGUGACCCAGAAAUGCGAUCUGGGCCUGGUGUUGGUACUGGUGAUGAAGGAGGGAAUUCAAUAACUUUAUCUGGGUUAUUGAAUUUUACUGAUGGGUUAUGGUCUUGUUGUGGAAGUGAGAGGAUUUUUGUGUUCACCACAAACCACAUUGACAAACUUGAUCCUGCAUUGUUAAGGAGUGGUAGAAUGGACAUGCAUGUUUUCAUGAGUUACUGUUCAUUUCCUUCACUGAAGAUUUUGUUGAAGAAUUAUUUGAGUUUUGAAGAAGGUGAUUUGGAUGGAGAGAUUCUGAAGAAAUUGGAAGAGGUUAUUGAUAAGGCAGAGAUGACUCCUGCUGAUAUAAGUGAGUUAUUGAUCAAGAACAGGAGAAAUAAGGACAAAGCAGUGAUUGAAUUGUUGGAGACAUUGAAGGAAAAGGCAGAGAGGAAAUUGAAGAGUGGAGAAUGUGUCGGGGACAAGAAUUUGAAUGAUGUGGAAGAGGAAGAGCAAGAGAAGAGAGCUUUGGAGAGUCCUAAAGAAGGCUGUAACUUUGAGGACAGCAUCGAGAAACAAGAGGAUGAUGAAGAGAAGAAGAUCAAAUGA